UUGCGGAGAAGGCCUCGAUCUGUGCGACCGUUCCGAACACGCCAUCGCCACCGGGAUCACGUCAUGAACGCGACAACCGACUGGCUUUUCCUCGAAUGGCUUUCUUCGCUUUCUUCUUUUCUUUCUUGCUCAGACUCGUCGCGUGCUUGGCUCAAUAAUCCGGACGGGAUCAUCAAUCCGGACGGGAUCAUCGGGUUUCGCACGUGUUUCUGGCAUCUUCAAGACUAUCUAAACAGGUUAUCUAUCUAUCUAUCUGACAAUUUAUGGUGGAUAACUAACGGAAUAACCUUAAUAUUGCGAUACGCAAAUCUGCCACGCGCAGCGCGCGAUCAUCACCAUAUGGUACUUACUCUAGGUAGAGUAGUAGGUCUAUCUAGUAGUACAUAGUACUAUUAAUAUUAUUAUUAUUAGC